AUGGUGCACACUUUAAGCCCAUGCACUGAUGGUGCUGCCUCCCCGUGUGGGGUGGCUGUGCCACAGCCCAUUGCUGACAGCUGCAACGAGCCCUGUGUCCGGCAGUGUCCUGACUCCAGGGUGGUGAUCUUCCCUCCGCCGGUGGUUGUGACCUUCCCAGGACCGAUCCUCAGCACCUUCCCACAGCAGAGUGUCGUGGGAUCUGAAGGAGCCCCUGAAGUUGGUGGAUACCGGGGCUAUGGAGGCCUCUACGGCUACCGGGGCCUCUAUGGUUUUGGGGACCGGUACGGCUAUGGUGGUCUGUACGGUUACCGGGGCGUGUAUGGCUCUGGGGACUGCUACGGCUAUGGGAGUCUGUAUGGCGGCUAUAGGGGCCUCUAUGGCUCUGGGGACUGCUAUGGCUACCCAGGCUUUUACUCCGGCCGCUACAGCUACCCCUUCAGUUCACGAUAUGGCCAAAGGUUUGGCUACGGAAGCUGCUACACUUGCUAA